AAUUUUCACUUGUACAAGCACUAACACUUUUUGAUUUAAUAUAUAUUUUUUUUUUUUAUAGAAAUAGUUGCUUGAAUAUAUUAACAGAGAAAAACUCGUCAGCAUGACAAACUUUUAAUUAGCGGUACACAACUUGAAUGCGCAAUAAUGGAUGAUAAGAAAAUGUCACAGAACGAGCUCGAAAAUUCAAAGAUUUCAAAGAUGGUAAAUAUUGACAAAGAUAGAAAAUAUAAUAAUAUUCUUCCGCGACUAAGAGUUUUGUCGCUUUUCGAUGGCAUCGGAACUGGGUACUACGCGUUGAAACAAUUACAUUUCGAUAUAGAAGUGUUUUACGCAAGUGAAAUAGACCCCAACGCAUUAUUGUUGACUUGGUCGCAUUUCGGAAAAGAGAUAAACGAACUAGGAUCAGUCACUCAGAUUGAUCAGUCCACGUUGGAUCGAAUUGGGCCCAUUAACUUACUCAUAGGAGGUUCGCCUUGUUCGGACUUGUCCAACGUAAACUACCGCAAAAAGGGCUUAUACGAUGCUACCGGUACGGGAGUACUGUUUUUUGAGUAUUAUCGUGUGUGGAAUUUGUUGAAGGAAAAAAACAACAAAGAAAAUGGUACUUUCUAUUGGAUGUACGAAAACGUAGCCAAUAUGGAAUUGAAGCACAAGAAAAUUAUCUCACAAUUUUUAGAAAGUGAUCCGUACGUGUUGGAUUCGCUCGACUUGUCGCCACAACGCAGAAGACGAUUCUUUUGGUCGAAUAUACCGAACAUUGAAAGUUUGCAGUGUGCGCGUACCGCCAACGAUGUCUGUACGCCGUUGUUAGACGAAUACUUGGACAAGAAUUUAGGCCGCAAAGCCAAUGUCGACAAAAUCGGAACUAUCACGACCAAGCGAAAUUGUCUGCAAGACGGUAAAUCUCGAGACCCCGUUAACCAGGACGGUAUAAAUAUGGGCUUGUACAUCACCGAGUUAGAAAAAAUAUUUGGCUUUUCACCACAUUACACCGAUGUUGGAGAUUUGUCAAUUAACGACCGGCAAAAGUUGUUGGGAAAAGCUUGGAGUGUGCCGGUUGUAAAAAGUAUUUUCGAACUUCUAAGCGACAAAUUUGCAAUAAAGAAUAACAAUAACAAUAAUAUUUAAUGUAUAACAUGUGUCAAAAAUAUUACACGAUUUAUAUUUAAGCGUUUUAGUGGGAAGUUAUAAUACAAAGUCGUUCUUAACAUAUGCCUACUUUUAUUUUUACUUGAU